CCAGUCUCGAGAUUUCCAUGGCAUGCGGGGGCCUGGCCUGCUUCGCCCUCCAUUUUAUUGAGCGUUCCUCGGAGUGCGGGCGCGCAGACGCGGGCGCAUGGCACAGGUUCGGGAUCGCGAGCAGCCACGGGCGAUGGGCUGCAGCGGUGCCUGUGCGGGACUAUGGAGGCUCGUAUAAAAGACCCGUAGGACUGACCUGGAGAGCCAUCGUCUCUCGACGUUUUCUAACUCAUCAAACAUGUUCCAAGCCCUUGCUUUCGUCGCCCUGUGCGCCUCCGCUGUCUCCGCUGGCAAGCGUGGUUUGGCGUGGCCAUGGUACAACGGCCAGCUCGACCCGGGCGUGCUCAACAACGGCCAGGGCCAGGUCGUCGCUAUCUACGACUGGGAGACCUACGCUCCCCCCUCCACCAACGGCAACGGCGGUCUCGGCUUCAUCGGCAUGCAGGGCUGCUGGGACUGCUCGUCCAGCCCCGUCGGCGAGCUCGCCGCCCGCCAAAAGGCGCAAGGAUGGGCUACCGUCUUCUCCCUGAACGAGCCCGACCUUAACGGCAUCAGCGCUGCCAGCGCCGCGGACUGGUACAAGCAGCACAUCAACCCCUUGGCUAUCAAGAAGGCGUUCCCGGCCGUUACGUCCAGCACGAACAGCGGCAUGGGCCUUGACUGGCUCCAGAACUUCCUCAAUUCGUGCGGCGGUGGCUGCUACGGCGACUACAUUAACCUCCACUGGUACGGCAACGACUUCAGCGGCUUCCAGUCUCACGUCACGAACGCGCACAACCGUUUCCCUAACUACAAGGUCGUCAUCUCCGAGUUCGCCCUCGCCAACCCGUCCGGUGGCCAGACUGCUCAGGUGAACUUCUUCAAGCAGGCCUUCGCCUGGCUCGACUCCCAGAGCUGGGUCGAGCUCUACUUCCCCUUCGUCGCCACGUCGCCCGCCCUGUUGCAGGCGAAUGACGGCGGCGCGGUCACGAACGUCGGCACGGGUUCGUGCUUGUACACCAACUCUGGAGGCCCGUCGGCGGUUGGCAACCUCAUGCUUAGCAACACGGGAAAUGUAAUCAGGGAUCUGUGGAAGCUUUCUCGUCCUCACGAGGCGACGUCUUCCGUAUAUCGAGCGGACAUUCCGUGA